GCUGAUCUACACAUCAAACCCAGAGAAUUUUGGGCAAGGAUAUGACAUGUGAAUCAUGUAACCUGUCCUGAUUUAUACGUACGCCCAUUUUUAUUUUUUCCUAUGGCUGCUGAUACAGGCAGGAUGUGCUAUGGAUAUGUGUUAUGGAUGAAGUGAACCUUGCGACGGUUUGGUAAAUAUGUUAGGCCCAGGGAUGGAAAGCAAAGUGCCAGCAGAUCUAGUGUCUUAGUGUCUAGAUGCGCCUCUGGCUCUGGUGUAGGAGGAGAUUUCUUCUAAUGUCGCUUCUAACAUUCCGAGAACAUGAUCGGAUCCCCAGAUGUGGUGGCAUUUACCAAAGAUGAUGAUUUUGGAGAUGCAUACACAGACCCGUACUUGGUCCCAGAGGAGUUUUCUGUGCCUUUGUUUCCUCAUGUAAAUGCCAACCCAUGGUUAAAAACCUCCUAUGCAAAAUUCUCCAAGGAUUUCAUCCUUAUCUCAGAGUUUUCCGAGCAGGUUGGACCACAGCCAUUACUCACAAUUCCAGAUGAUCCCAAAGUGUGUGGGACGUUUGACCUCAAUUACUUCUCUCUGCGCAUCAUGUCUGUGGACUACCAGGCUUCGUUUGUGGGCCAUCCUCCAGGCACGAGCUACCCCAAGCUCAAUUUCGUGGAGGACUCGAAAGUUGUCCUUGGUGACUCCAAGGAAGGGGCGUUUGCCUACGUGCAUCAUUUGACCCUCUACGAUCUGGAGGCGCGUGGCUUCGUGAGGCCUUUUUGCAUGGCUUACAUUUCAGCAGACGAGAGAAAGAUCAUGCAGCAGUUUCGGCUGCUCUCAUCUGGCUUUUCCAGGGCUUCCGAAUGCUUAAAAUCAGGGAAUAGAAAGGCCUUUGCGAAUGAAUUGGAAAAUAAACUAAGCGACCUGGAAUAUACAAGGUCCGUCCUGCACAAAGAGACCGAGCUGCAGAAAACGAACAGCGGCUGUUAUUCCACACAGGUUAUCGAGAAGGCUAACGAACUGGCAAACGUGGAAAAGUCUAUCUAUGAACAUAAAGAUUUGCUGAGGCAGAUCACGUCAUAUCCUAACAGUAGAAGGAGAGAUCCUGAUCAGGUACAGUCUGAGCCAGAAAAGAAUAGUACGGUUGACCACACACUGUCUUCUAAUCAUUCCGGAAAUGGGGAGAAACCUGUGGGAACAGAUAGCGGUACUCAGCACCCGUCUUACAUACCCCAGCUUAUUAAAGCUAAAUCUGCUAAAUGUUUUGAUAAACGCUUAAAAACCCUGGAAGAACUCUGUGAAUCAGACUUUUACCUUCAGACCAUGGACCAACUGAACGCGAUCGAAAAGACAUUCAGAGGCGAUCUUUGCUUUCUUUACACCAGCCAGGUUGACCGGGCUCUCUUGAGUAAGCAGAAGAUCACCAGUUUUCUUUUUGAGUCGGAACGUGACGAUGAAGAAGAGGGCAGCUCCGGGAAUUUUUAUGACCCGAACCAUACCACACGUCACACACAUGUUCCAUCCAACUUCAUGGGUGAGCCAUUGAGCCUCGAGUCCUACGCCACUUACGUUGAGAGAAGUCCGAACAAACUGGUACUCGAAACCAUGGAAGGACCUCCAGAGUCAAGUACCUCAGACGCUACACAGGAAACCUCCGAAGACGCUAAUGACGCUGAAAUGAAAGGGAGUUUCAGCAGUGACCGGAGCAUUGAAGCAUUUGUGAACCUUAGUCCGGGAAAUCCUGAUGGUUUUUCAAGGAGGAGCACCAGUGUGGCUUGUACUGUAACAUCAUUCGAGGAACAAGGAAACGUUCCGUCUGUCGCUGCUCUUGGAAAGACGUCACCCUCGCUAGAACGGGAAUCGGACCUGAAUCACGAUGAAGUGUUUGAAACUGGACAUCUAGUUCAAAUGGACACAGCGUGUUGUAUGGGACAGGAUGGUUUUAUUUACGAGGAGACUGAACCAGUACAGGAAUGUCAUGAGGACACAGUAGUCAAGCGCGAGCCAAUGUCCCUGCUUCAGAGGGACCCUGGUCUGCAAGUGGACUACGUCUUAGGAGAGGCAACGCUGACUGUACCGAGUCGCCGCAUGGGGUUGAUGCUUCCUGAACUCAGCCCCAGCUCUCUGUCUGAGGAGAUGGUCAAAAUGAACGUGGAAGAUGUUUCUGACAAUUCCAGUUACACGAGCACCUCCACAAGCUCGGACAGAGCAGCCUCGCCUUUUACUUACGGCAGUCCCGUCACGCUGAAGCAGAAGAAGAAGGCAGGGCACAGUGCGCUGCGCUUCAUCAGGCAGUACCCUUUUGCUCAGCAAGCCAUCUUCUGCCUUCUGAGUGGGAGAACACUUGUGGUUCUGGGAGCUGAUGAAGGCACUGUAAGGAAGCUGGUGAACGCCUUGCUGAUUUUCGUGCCCAACCUUGGCAAGUACGGCGAAACCGUGCAGCCCUGGCUUUCCACGUCGUUUCAGCUGAGUGACCUUCAGAGAUGGAAACUCAUUGGAUUGCAGAGGGGGGUUUCUCCAGCAGGUUCCAGCUUGCUCCAUUCUCUGAGCCGCUACAGCCGAUAUAUCGGCAUCCUGGACUGUGACAACAAGACGCUUCGAUGCCCAGCCUACAAAGGAACACUAAUAGGUCACGUGGCAGACCACAGGACACAAAUCAAACGAGGCAGCACCUACUAUCUCCACGUGCAGACCAUAUUAACUCAGCUUACAGCUAAGGCCUUCCUUUAUACUUUCUGCCAUCACCUUCACCUGCCCAUCAGCACAGACCAGGACGCCAACGCCGUGGUACUGCGCAGGACUAAUUUCUUGUUGCAGCUCGGUUACACCGAGGAGGAGAGCAAAAUAAUCCGCUUCUUGAGUGAGCUCAUCAAGCAACAUUACCUUCAGGGGCCUUUAAAAGGGGCCAGCCAGUCCGUCUUCAGUUUCAGUUAUACCACCAGCUAUUUGUACAAAAUCUGAAUAUGAAUGAGUACAUGUAUGAUCUUUUGAAUAGGUUUCAUAUUCUGUGUUUCCCUUCCCUGGAACCUCUGCUACAAUCAGGAGAACAAUAAUUAUCGAAUGUAUUUGAUUUCAGUUAACACUUCUUUUUCUUUUGCCAGUGUUGACGUUACAAUCCAGUAAGUAAGUUGUGGAUGGCUUGUUGUCAUCAUUGUAGUUUUGAAUGUUUCCGACGUUGUCUAACGUCUAGCUUGAAAAUGUAACAAAGUAUUUUCCGAGGUUUCUAGGCCUUGAUAAAGGUCUUCAUUUUUUGUUUCGUUUGAAGAGCCAGUCUGGAUUGAAAGUGCAGUCGGCCCACGACUUGAACCGACGACCUGGUCAGCAAUUAUUAAUAGGUGGUGGAUUCGUGAUUGCUAUCCUCAUCUAAUUUUAAACAGAAUGUGAAAAAUAUAAGAUGGCAUUUUUGACACGAUGGCAUUUAUGUUUUAUGUUUUUUGCCUUAAAUGUGCUCUUUAAGGUCAUGAGCUAAUUCUUCGCUUUAUUAUUAGGACUGGGUGAUUAUGAGAAAAAUAUCAUACCACGAUACUUGAGGACAUUUCUACGAUACACGACGCGUAUCACGAUAUAUAAUUUAGCUAACAAACUGUCUGCCAAACAGUAGUAAAAUAAAUGUAAAAAAAAAUUUAACUCAGUUUGAUGAUACUUUUCUACUUUAAUGCUUACAACGACCAAGAAGAUUGUUUUUUUGUUUUUUAAAUGACGUCAAAUCAGCGGCAUCCAUUCAGUACCAUUUAAUUUGUAAUUAUUAAAACCGUAAAAAAAAAUACAUCACCAUACCAACGAUAUCUCAGAAAAGUGUACCGUGUAAUAAUUUAUCACUAUAUCGAUAUUAUAUUGAUAUAUUGCCCAGCCCUAAUGAUUACAUGUUAUUUCUAUGAAAAUCCAAGAUGUGGUAAGAGCAGUAAAUAAUUACCCUGUCCAUGGCUUUCAGAUGCUUGCGCUGUAAAAUAAUAAAAACUGACUAACGUUCGAUUCCUCUCACCCAUUUGAAAAAUAUGUCUUUUGUGUUAUAUUCUUUAUUCCAUUGUAUACUGUACUUUAUAACUACUGUAAGGUUUUGCAAAGAGAAAUAGACCAAUCUGAAGAAGAAUUCUGUAACAGACAAAAGUUAAGCAAGAAAGUGUGAUGUGUGUCUUAACCCUGCUAUGACCUCCAGUUAAAGAAAGUUCUGCAUGGAAAAAUGUUAAAUAGUGGAGAAGUGAUAGAUGACAUCUUGCAUGUUUGGAAAAUACACCGGUGAAUUACAUGGCAGCACCCAUUUAUAAUCUUACACAUUCAGGAUUUCACUCAGUUUAAUGACAUGUAAUGUUGUCUCAAUGUUGUGUGCAAAUAGUGUGUGUGAGCAUGAGUAACUUGAUGGAGUGGCACUUUCUAAUUUCGGUUGAGAAUCACAAUCAUGGUGAGGACAUGGAGGUGAUGGCCCCCCCCCCCCCCCCCCCCCCCCCCCCCCCCCACUGCUACGCUUAAUGCUGCAUGAUGGAAGCUAAUGGCCACCAGUUUUCAGUUGCAUUUUGAUAUAUAUAUUGCUUUUCAUUCGUAAUCUGGCAUCACUAGCCUCUGUGAAGACGAGUCUUCAAAAUCCUGUAUGUGACGUGAUAUGCAUUCUGACGAAUGUUAACAAGCCAUACCGUACUGUACACAUUGUAUAUUCAAGUUCCCAAUGGCUGUGUUUUUUUUUUUAAACCCACUUUCCUUUUAUGUAAGCGUUGUCUGUCUAAAACAAACUUGGAAUGAGUGUCGCUCACUAGAGUACAAAAAACGGUAUUGUGAUAAUUGUCUGGGGUGCAGUAAGACAUUGUGUUUUUAUUGAAAAUGAUUUGUGAAUGUAAUUUAAGUGAUUUUGGGCCUUAUUCAAGUGCAUUGAGUUGUUUGCCCACUAUGUUUUCUGCCUUAAAGGUUCAUUAAAAUAUUACUAAUUUGA